AUGCGCCAUCCAGACCUGCCAGACUCCCCGCCCGCCUCUCCGUCUCCGUCUCUCCAACCAGACCUGCCUGCCGUCGAGGAAGAUGCUUAUAUGCAGAACCACCUCCCCGAGACCUCCUCAGGUGCCGCCGCCACCGUGUCCAUCGUGUCGCAUCAGCCCGACACACCUGUGAGCCACCAAGGCAGCUACCACUGGUCCACAGCUGGAUAUACGUCUCCGUCUCUCGCACAUGUCGGCUACAACCUUCACGGUGAAACAGACGAACAAGACGGCGCUGACGACCACGAGGACGACGACCAUGAUAUGGUAGAUCUUGAGGAAGGUGGCGCACCUUUGACCAACUUCGCUAUGGACGACGACCCCGAGCCCAUGCCUUUGGAGAACGCCUUUGACGAAACAGAAGCAGCCCAAGAGACUCCAGCGAAUACGUUAUUACCAGUUCUCCCCCCUCCCACAGCCACCCUAGCUGCCUUCUUGGAACUUGCUGCGGACCAUGUAUCUACAAAUGCUGCCCAAAUCACUCAACAGCCUCAACAAGGCCAGGGGGACGCCAACAUAUUUCAACCUGGGUUCAUGGGGCUUGGCAACCAUCCGCCCGGCCUGACCAGUGCGAAUCCCGGAGCGCUGGGUCCUGAAAAUCCCAACGUACACGACUUCUUGGAACUCUGGCGCGAGCACUACGUUCAGACUACUGGUCUAAGAAUUCUCGGGCCCCCUCCCGAUGAUAUCGACAGUCUGGCCGACCCGUGCCGACAGCGGGUCGAAUAUCGGCAUCUCAAGGGUGACGAGCACGAUAUCCAAGGCAUCAAUUGGCAGCGUAUGGGCAUCACGAGGGACACAGCUCGAAAGUGCCGCCUCAGGACUUUCCAGAACUACACAAACAAACCGGGCUCGGAUGCUAGAAAAUACUGCCCCGAGCCCGACCGACGACUGCCUCAAACCGAGAACUAUUUUCGAUUCUCUAGCAUGGAUCUGCGACAUGAUGUGCGCUUGCUACAUUUCCAGCUUCGCAAUAUCUUGGGAUGUCAUUCGCGCACGCGGGUGUUCUAUCCUACGGCUAACAGGCUGUCCAAAAUUCGUGAAGUCGAUCCCACUACGGGUAGAGCCAAGAAUGCAAUGGUGUUUGACAAUGAUCACGACUCUCAAACAUCUACGCUUGCUACCGGAGAGAGCGUUCUGAUUGCUGGAAGUUUCCAUGGAACCUAUCACUAUCGUCACCUCGAAGACGAAAACACGGAUAGCUUCGGUGGGCGACUCACUGACGAUCGAAGUGGCAUCACCAACCACGUGCAAAUCCAUUCCUCUAGACAUUCGUCCUCACCUGUCGCGGCUUUCGCUUCCAACGAUUUUGGGUUUCGAGUACUGGACCUGACGAGGAACACAAUCAUAUCGGAGAAGAAGUACGAGUAUGCGUUGAAUUGCUCGGCUCUGAGUCCGGACAAGAGGCUUCGCGUGGUGGUCGGUGACAGCGAGAAAGUACUCAUCAUGGACGCUGAAAGUGGCGAGAUAUUGCAGAAUCUCGAGGGUCAUAGGGACUAUGGCUUCGCCUGUGACUGGGCCCCGGACGGUUGGACUGUAGCCACAGGCAACCAGGACAAAAGCAUCAGGAUAUGGGACGCCCGGAAAUGGACCGACAGUAAAGGCACAGGCACUAGCGUUGCUGUCAUUCGUUCCGAGAUCGCUGGCGCGCGUGGCUUGCACUUCUCUCCCCUGGGCUCUGGGAAAAGGAUUUUGGCUGCGGCAGAGGAGGCCGACUUCAUUAAUCUGAUUGAUGCCCAAACUUUCAACACAAAACAAACCGUCGACAUAUUUGGAGAACUUGGUGGUAUCUCAUUUACGAGUGGAGGCCAGGAGCUCAUAGCGCUUUCAAGUGAUAUGUGGCGGGGAGGAAUACUUCGCCUCGAGCGUUGUGAUGCUGGCGCCGAAGAUGCAUUCAAUUAUAAGCAAAGGCGGUAUUUCGGGGAGACGUCGCAGACACCCGGAUAUGACUGGCUGCAGACUCCGCAACAAAUCGUUGAGCAGCCAGACUCGCAAAUGACUCUCACGCAGAAGAGACGCCAAGCUGCCAUGUCCGAGGACUGGCUACUCUGA